AAAACAGCAGCCUUUUCAGCGCUGGAUCUGGUGCAAAAACAAGGUCGUUGUUAUUAUCAUCGCUGUUGUCCACUUUAGAAAAGAAGUCAUCGCUAGAGUUGUUAAAAUCCACGAUUAAUCGCAAUAACAGCAAAUAACAUACAUACAUCAAGGUGCAUAAAUUCAGUAUGGACGUUAUUGAAACCAUUGUCACAGAAAGCAUUGAUGUGGAGGAAUCAACAACUACAAUUUCGACUUUGGAGACUGAAAAGUCAAAAACAGAGUUUGUGUGGACACUACAAGCAACAUGGCAUCUAGUCCAUGUUCGCCUGGACAUGGACCAAGAGUUUGACCAGCCUGUGUGCAAAAAGAAGAAGCUGUGGGAGACUGUGGCUGACAGAGUUACUGCAAAGUUAAGAGCUGAUGGCUGCACAGAUGUUCCAGUCAAAGCCUUCGAAUGCGAUCUGAAAUGGAGGAACAUGCUAGCAACAUACCGCAAAAAUGCUGAACGAGCCAAAAGACUGGGUACCAAUAGCGUACACUGGGAAUUCUUCAAGGAGAUGCACGAAGUGCUGGGCAGAAGCUAUGAAGAAAUGGAGGCGCAACGGAAAGCAAAGCUUAACGGCACUAAGCUUGGCAGGGCAAUAGCCAGUAAACGAUUCACCCCAAUCCUACCCACACCCACUGCAGCCACAGCUACACAAGUAACCAACACCAAGCCCCCUAAUGAUCUACUGCAGUUGUACCUGGAGCUGCAGGAGAGGAAACUGAACAUGUGGGCUCAGCAAAAAGCUCUAGAAGAGAGGAAGAUUGAGGCCAUCAAUAAUUUGGCACGUGCAAUUACUUGUCUGUGCCAGGACAAUACCUUGAAAAUGGCCAAAGAAUAUGUCGAGUCAGAAAUCACUGUUCCUGAGAAUAAGAAUUAGAUUGAGUGUAUUUAGAGAGAAGACAUAUCAUGUUAAAUCCCCCUAUGAGUCAAAUAUUAUAACUUAAUAAUGCUUCAUUGAUACUGCUGUUUUUCUUUCUUCCAUUAAUCACAAAAUAUUGGUUAACAUUGCUGUGCAGUUUAACUUGUCUCAUUCAUGUACCGAAUAAAAACCAAGCUGUA